CGAUUAUGUACAAAGCGCAAAACCAUCGGCGCAGGUUCGAUAUUGGCGCGUGGGAGCGCGUGGAAUCACGCAUGUGUAGGAGGUGGCUAGAAACGAGGAAAAAAGGCGCCUCACGACCGCGGAAAAGCUGUUACAUCCUCCCGUUCGCGCGCAGUCAGAGAUAUGACACGUCGACAGAUCUCCGUGCGAUGUACGUAGCUAUAAGUAUAUAGGUAUAUCGUAGCUGUACGACAUACGCCGAGAACGCGCGCGCGAAUCUCUCUCAACACGUGUGCAGCAUCCGUAUGUGAAACGUAUUAGGUAGGUACGACAGUUAUUCGGCCGCCUCCUUCCAAACGGCACGUCCUAGAAGCGCACUGCGGAAAAGUCAUCGUCUCGCUCAACAAGUGUCACGGGCAGUGUGUAUACCUCUUGUCAGUGGCGAAAACAGUAACAUCGCGUACGCGUCGCAGAGCUGUAUUAUGGAUCGCGUUUUGUCGUGAGAGACGAGAGAGCAGGUGGAUCCGGCGAAACGAGGAAAAGGAGCAGCGCGCCAGGCAAAUAUGUCAUGGGGAAGAGGCCCGCACCUGAAUCAAUAUACGCCGCUGCCAAGAGAAAACGACGCGCGACCGAUGCUCUUUUGAGGGAAACUAAUGACGCCUAGAGGCUGGAAGCAUGGCCCGCGAAAUAAUCAGCCGAUAUCUCGUCCUGCUCGCGGUGACCUGCGGCGUCCUGGCUGCAGCUGUCAGGGUGAAGAAAGUGCACCACUUGGAGGACCGUAAAUUCGCUUCAGAAGAGUACCUGGAUCCGGAGAUCGAUGAAAGGGACAGUGGCCCUGAGCCUAUCAUUUCCCCGUUGGACCAGCCGCUGCUCAGAAAGAGCAAUUCUUUUGAUUCCCUGCCUACAAAUUUUCCACAAGAGCUCAAUCCAAAUAUAAAAUGGGAUCCGAGGUGGGCUUCCUCAUUGGAUUUUGGACAGAUAUCAGCCGUGUCGAUUGAUCCAAAAGGCAAUGUUGGUAUAUUUCAUAGAGGGGAGCGAAUUUGGGAUUCCUCUACUUUUGGGAGCGAUAAUAAAUUCAAUACCAACCAAGGUCCCAUACGGAGGAGUACAAUUAUGCUCUUAGAUAAGACUGGGAAGGUGCUGUUAGAAUGGGGAAGGAACAUGUUUUUCCUUCCUCAUGGACUAACAAUCGACUCUUUAGGAAAUUACUGGAUAACUGACGUGGCAAUGCACCAAGUUUUUAAAUUUGACCACAAAGAUAUUGAAAAGCACGAACAACAACUUAAAGAACAAAGGUCCAGUCAAAGAGUCAGCACAUCCGACACGUUCAAUGUCACUAAUUUAUUUGCAAAUAGCUUAAUAAAACCUUCGCUAAGUUUGGGGGAAGCUUUUCAACCAGGAAAUGACAAUACGAGAUUUUGUAAACCGACUGCAGUGGCGGUUGAGAGCAAUGGAGACUUUUUUGUUAGUGAUGGCUACUGCAACUCUAGAGUAAUCAAGUUUAACAAAGAUGGUGAGAGGAUACUGCAAUGGGGGAGAACUUGGGGAUUUGAAGGCAAAACUUUAUAUCAAAAGCCACCUCCGCCAAACGCAUUCUUGGUUCCUCAUGCUCUUGCACUUGCUGAGGAUCAUGAUAUAAUAUUCGUUGCAGAUAGAGAGAAUGCAAGAAUAGUCGGCAAUUUUGCCAACAAUGGGUCGUUUUAUAGAGAGUAUAAAAAUCCUGUUUUAGGAGGGGCGAUCUAUAGUAUUGCAUAUGCAAACGACCGAAUAUAUUUAGUUAACGGUAAACGAUACUUAGAUGGAACGCACGUGCGAGGAUUUGUUUUGGACAUAAAUACUGGAGAAGUUUUAUCUCAAUUUGCACCGCAGAUGGACAUGAAUGCUCCUCACGAUAUCGCCGUGUCCUCCGAUGAACGUGAAAUAUACGUAGUAGAGCUAGAUUCGCACAAGAUAUACAAAUUUUAUCAAGACGUAAGCAGUUUGCAGUCGGUGCCAAAAAUUGCGCAAUCAAAAAAUUCUACGGAGACUCGUUCAGCUGAGCUGUCAGGCAGCAGCGUGAACACCGGCAAGAAGCCAUCACAAAGAGCCCUUGUAAUAGUCGCCAUCAUUGCUGCCUUAUUCUUCAUCGGCUUUUGCAUCUUCCUUGCAGCACUCCUAGCGAGAUAUCAAAAAAGAGCAGGAUGCUUAUUUCCACCACACAAAAGAAGAACUGAGUGGAAUAGCGAAAGAAAGGACAACUUCAAGCUUUCGAGCUUGUUGGAAACGCGUAAAAGAUUUAACUUUUUCGAAGGAAGACCAAACACUCGAGAUUUUAGCAAACUAAAUACUGAACCAGAAACGUCAGAAGAUGAAAAUACAGAGAGUAGUUUAGAAAAAAUUAUAUAAAUAAUGUAUAAACCUGUGAACAUUUUACCACAAAAACUUCUCCGAGUGUAAAACGUUACGCGAAUUUUUAAAAUAUCAUAAAAAUCUCAAGCCUAAAACAAAUUUCUAAAGAAUCAAGUUCAACGUUGCCUCAGAGUCAUUAUUUUUAUGUUCACAGUAGUAUCAGCGACAUAUCACUCAUAUAUCGCGCUACUGCCCAAUAACUCUCCUAUAGUCUAUGAGUUCACUUUAAAGUUCGACCGUAAUAUUUUAUAACUAUAACCUUGAGAAAUUUAUAACGUUUAAGGCAACUUUGGAACUAAUAUUUUAACGAUUGGAAAACAGUGUUCCGAACUAGACUUAUUUAGAAAAGUGUAUACGAAAAUAACUUCUAUACAUGAAUAUAUUAGAUGAGACGAGGUGUCCAAUGCGAAUAAAGGGGUAUCUAUAGAGUAUACCGACCAUAUUCAUUUCCUGAAAUAUCUUAAAAGUUAUUCUGGGCUGCAUUGUCUUUUAAAUAUACACACUAUCUAUACACAACGUGAGGAAAAAUGCGAUUAUUUUCUGUGAUAACUUUGUUACUGAUUUUUUUAUUUUAUACAACUUAAAGACACAAUUGUUCGUAAUCUUUUGUAUUUGAUGAAUCGUGAAAUGAAAUCGUAACUUUUAAUGAAAGAGUUGAGUAUUAUAAUGAAACAUAUACGCAUUCACAGUAAGUUUGAAAUGUAAACGCUGUAUGAAAGAGAUUUGUAUCAGUAUUAAUUUGAUGUAAUACGUUUUGUUCGAUUUUACGUAAGAAUAUCAUUUUGCAGAAAUGAGAGUCUAAAUAUCAUGCACAAGAUCAUAGAACUGACUGAACAAGCUACUUUGCAGUUGAAUUUAGUUAACAGAGAACGUUGAAUUGUCAGAACGUGUAAAUAUACAUAGAUAUACAGCAUAAAUAUUGUAAAAAAGAGAAAAUAUAUACCCAGAUAGCCGGAGCGUUCAAUUCACUGGCUAAUUCUACAAGUUUGCUGCACAAUGUAUAAUCAAAAUUCUUGGCAAACUAUACCAAUACCACCGCGAUUCGUCUAUCUGGGGCGUACUGAAUAGCAAAUAGUAUACCGUUAUAGAUAACUAUAUAAGUCGAGGAGCGGAAAAAAAAGGAAAUUAAUGGAACUUUACAUUACACAUUUAGUGUCCCUUAGGCGACAUGCAUCCGAUUUAAAUUGCAGACAAAAUACAUCAAUAUCCACAGCGUCAAAACGAAUUUGCGUUUCAUAUCUAUCAAUCGAACAUUAAGUCACGGCGUUAUACACACCAGGUAUGCUGAAAACGCGUGUGGUUAUGUAUAUUUUGAAUAAAAGUAAAUGUUUCUAUACAAAG